ACAUUGCUAUUUAAGAAUGGAAGAAGAUACAGAUUUUAGAAUAAGGUUUAGUUCUUUGUGUUUCAUUACUGAUCAUAUUGGAUUUCAUGGCACUAUAAAAAGCUCACCAAGUGACUUUGUUGUUAUUGAGAUUGAUGAACAGGGACAGUUAGUUAAUAAGGCCAUUGAUGAACCUAUUUACGAGAUUGGUAAAGUACUGCCUGAGACAAAUAAUUUUGCCAAAAAACCAAAACUAGGUUUUCAAAAUGUAUCCUUUGAAGAGAGAAGCAACCAAAAAGUCAAUACUUUAGUCCCAUGCUCUGAUGAUGACAAAAAUCAUGAGUCUGGUUCAGAAAAAGAAGAUACAAUCAAUGAUGGAACUUCUGGAGAUGAAAAAGGAAAAGUUUAUGCAUUAGGCUCUUUGUUAGAUGAAAAAACUAAUGAAUUACUGAAUCAGUUUGCCUGUAAUAUAAAAAAGAAAUGGAAUUUUAAAAGUGAGCUAACUGGACCAUCUCCUGAAUUCUCACUAGGCAGAAUUCUUGACAAAAACCAGAGGGCUAUUUUGCACAGUGCUGUUCGGCAGAAAUUUCCUUUUUUAAUAACUGUAGGAAAAAACAGUGAAAUUGUUGUAAAACCAAAUCUUGAGUACAAAGAACUCUGUCACCUGGUAUCUGAAGAAGAAGCAUUUGACUUUUUUAAGUACUUGGAUGCAAAGAAAGAAAAUUCUAAAUUUACCUUUAAACCUGAUACAAACAAAGACCACAGAAAAGCUGUUCACCAUUUUAUCAACAAAAAGUUUGGAAAUCUUGUGGAAACCAAAUCUUUUUCUGAAGCUAAAUACAAUGUCGGUAAUCCCAAUAUAGUGAUAACAGUAAGAUUUCGUGAAAAAGCAUACAAGCACAGGAAAAGGUCUGUUGAAUGCCAGGAAAGAAAAGUUAUAUACACAGCCUUUACCCUACGAAAAGAAAAUCUAGAAAUGUUUGAAGCAGUUGGUGUUUUAGCUGUCAAACUUGGUGUGAUUCCUUCAGAUUUUAGUUAUGCAGGCCUUAAAGACAAGAAAGCCAUCACCUAUCAAUCAAUGGUUGUUAGAAAAGUGACUCCGGAGAGGUUGAAAGAUAUUGAAAAAGAAAUUGAAAAGAAAAGAAUGAAUGUGUUUAAUAUUCGGUCUGUAAAUGAUUCCCUUAGACUCGGUCAGCUCAAAGGAAAUCACUUUGAUAUUGUUAUCAGAAAUUUAAAAAACCAAAUAAAUGAUUCUGCAAAUCUGAGAGAGAGAAUUUUGGAGGCAAUAGAAAAUGUUAAGAAUAAAGGGUUUGUGAAUUACUAUGGACCACAGAGAUUUGGGAUGGGAAGGAAAGUUCACACAGAUCAAAUUGGAUUGGCUUUGUUGAAGAGUGAAAUGGGGAAGGCUGUAAAAUUAUUUCUUACACCAGAAGAUUUGGAUGAUCCUGUAAAUAGAGCAAAGAAAUAUUUUCUUCAAACUGAAGAUGCUAAAGGCACACUUUCACUGAUGCCCGAAUUCAAAGUUCGAGAGAGAGCAUUGUUGGAGUCAUUGCAUCGCUUUGGCAUGACCGAGGAGGGUUGCAUCCAGGCAUGGUUCUCAUUUCCCCAUUCUAUGCGCAUUUUCUACGUUCAUGCAUAUAGCAGCAAAGUUUGGAAUGAGGCAGUAUCUUACAGACUUGCAACCUAUGGAUCAAGAGUGGUGGAGGGUGAUUUGGUGUGUUUGGAUGAAGAUGGUGAUGAUGAGCAUUUCCCAAAUAAUAAAGUUCAUCUAGUGACUGAAGAAGAGGAAUCGGCUAAUACAUAUGCAAUACAUCAGGUGGUUCUUCCAGUGCUUGGAUAUAACAUUCAGUACCCAAAGAACAAAGCAGGGCUGUGGUACCAGGAAGUACUUAGCAGAGAUGGACUACAGACAUGUAGGUUUAAAGUACCUGCUCUGAAGCUGAACGUUCCAGGAUGCUAUAGAAAGAUUUUGAAACAACCCCACAAUCUCUCAUACCAACUAAUAGAAGAGCAUGAUAUUGAUGGCAGAGCAGAAGGUUCCCACAUCGAUGAAGCAACUUUAUCUCUUUUGAUUUCUUUUGAUCUUGACGCUUCAUGUUAUGCUACAGUUUGUCUGAGGGAAAUAAUGAAGCAUGACUUUUAAAACCGGUAUCCUUGGUAUAACAUAAAUGUGUCAUUCUUUAAAGGAAAGGGAGCUAAAAUUUCUUUGACCAUCUGCCAUGUGCUAGGAGCUUUUUAAUUGUUAUCCCCCUUAAUUACACAAUAUCCUGAUGAAGUAGGAAUUUGGUACUAACAUUCUGGAAGACAUAGCUAGUAAGUGUCAGGGUCUGAAUUUAAAGCUCCCAAUCCUGUGUGUUUUUUCUAUUUAACAUUCAGUGACUUUUCUCCUGUGUUAUAAAAGUUGCAAUCUUUCUGGACUAUGAGGAGUAUAUAAUACUACAACAUAACAUUUAAGAAAAAAUGUUUUUGGAGUAAUGUUUAUAUUCUUUAGCUUGUGGCUUAGAAUAUAAAUAAAACUAGAUUGUAAUGAAGGCAUAUAGUUGGAGAUAAAGAUAGAUGAAGUGUUUUGUUAACUAUUAUUGUCAUUCUUUACAAUCUUUGAAAUUACUGAUCAGAGAAAUACAUCAGGGAAAUGUAAUUCCUCUAUUUAUGAUCAUUACCCCAGGGUAGUUUACCCCUUUAUGAGGUAAAUAAUGUUCAAUGAAGAUUGAAAUAAAAGUUUUUUAUACAAUUUCUAAUAUCUUGACAUA